CCAAACCAACAAAGCAAGCAAAUGGAAACGGAAUGAGAGAAAACCAAUCGGAGGCGGAGAAUUUAUUGCCAACUUUUGACUGCUUCUCCUGCGUUCCACCGUUUUCUUUCAAUGGAGGAACACCAACAACAACAACGAGGAGGAGAUAUUAUCAUUACAUGACUAAAUAGUAAUCAGCCGAGUCAACAGACUGACGCUGACCCUUUUGAUACCUCUUUACAUAAAUCCGAACCACAAAGCUCCAACCCUUUUUAUCUUUCACUAUAUUCCCCUCCAAGACGGCCAAAGAAAUCAACGUUUUAACUCAUACUUGCUUUGCAAGUGGAUUUCAAUGGUUAAUUUCUUAUUAUUUUCCUUGAAUCUUGAUCUUUGUUGCCAUUUGUGAGGAGAAAGGGAAAUUAUGGAGGAGGAGAAGAGAUGUUUUGCAGAAGUCGUGAUGGAGUUAAAAGCUUUGGUGAUUGAGGUAAGUUCUUUGGCUCAAAACUCAGAAAUUCAAAGAGAAGUAGUGACUGAAUUUGUAAUCUUGGUUGGGAAAUUAGCUCCAAUUUUUGAUGGAUUAAUGGAUACUGAGUUUCUUAAUCACCAACCAUUGAGAAAAGCUGUUGAGUCUCUUGGGUUGGAACUUAAGAGAGCCAAGGCUUUGCUGAAAACCCAAGAGACAAAUUCAUUUGUUGGACAAGUAGAGGAUGUGGCUCAUGAUCUUGGGAGGUCAUUAGGGUUAGUGCUCUUGGCAAGUUUAGAAGUGUCCACAGAUUUGAAAGACAAGGUUGGGGGCUUACACAAGGAUUUGAUGAGUACGCGGUUUGAUGUGAGUUCGUUUGCAAGUACUAGUUAUGGUUCUGGUGUUGUUAGUGAGUUGGAAGUGGAAGGUGUUGUUAGUGAGUUGGAAGUGGAAGUGGAAGAGGAAAUACAAGAGGAGAAAACGGUUUGUUUUGGUAUUGAUGAUGUUUCUUUGCAAAUUAAGUAUGGUGAUGAUGAACAACUUAAAUUUGCUCUUUUGGAAUUAAAUGAGUUGAUUGUAGACAAAAGGGUUGGAUAUGAAUGGAUUAAUGAUGAAGGUGUUAUUCCGAUUCUGUUUAAUCGGUUGAGUUCAAGUAAUUCAGAGAAUCGGCUUUGUAUACUUCGAUUGUUGAGAAGCCUUGCUUCAGAUAAUGCUGAUAACAAGGAGAAAAUGGCAGAUGUUGGUUUUUUGUCUGCAGCCGUGAAAUCAUUGGUACGGGAUGAAGAAGAAAGGAAAGAAGCUGUGGGGUUUUUGCUGUAUCUCUCAGAUCUUCAGUCAGUAAGGCGCCGGCUUGGGCGCAUUCAAGGGUGUAUCGUUAUGUUGCUUGCCUUGCUAAAUGAGGAUGACCAUGUCGCUUCACAUAAUGCAGGGAAGUUGUUGAAUGCAUUAUCUAGCAACACGCAGAAUGCGCUUCAUAUGGCAGAGGCUGGUUACUUUAAGCCCCUAGUGCAGUACCUCGAAGAAGGUUCGGACAUGAGUAAAAUCCUGAUGGCAACAGCACUCUCAAGGAUGGAGCUCACUGAUCAAAGUCGAGCUUCCCUCGGGGAAAAUGGUGCAAUUGAACCCCUUGUCAGAAUGUUUAGCAUAGGGAAGCUAGAAGCCAAGUUAUCCGCUUUAAGUGCCUUGCAAAAUCUAUCAAACCUGACAGAAAAUGUCCAACGGUUGAUCAGUUCAGGCAUCGUAGCAUCUCUGCUUCAGCUCCUCUUCUCUGUAACAUCAGUACUUAUGGCUCUUCGGGAGCCUGUAUCAGCGAUUCUUGCAAGGAUUGCUCAAUCAGAAUCUAUUCUUGUGAAUUCAGAUGUUGCUCAGCAGAUGCUCUCCCUUUUAAAUCUCACCAGUCCGGUAAUUCAAAAUCACCUAUUGCAAGCACUUAAUAGUAUUGCCUCCCAUUCCAGAGCAGGCAAAGUUAGAAGAAGGAUGAAAGAAAAUGGCGCCUUUCAGCUUCUCCUACCCUUCCUCAUGGAAACUAACAUUCAAAUCAGGAGCAGUGCCUUGAAUUUGCUUUACACUCUUUCUAAAGAUUUAUCGGAAGAGUUGACAGACCAACUCGAAGAAACCAAUAUCAGAAAAAUCAUCAUUAUCAUCUCAACAUCAACAUCUAACUGCGAAAAAGCCGCUGGAGUUGGCAUACUUAGUCAUCUUCCCAUUAGUGACAAAAAGGUGACGGAUAUAUUAAAGAGAGCAAAUUUGGUACCGAUAAUGGUAUCCAUAAUGAAUGCAAGAUCUGAAAUUCCAGCGGAGAAGAUGUGCUGUUUAGCAGAAAGCAUUACAGGUCUAUUAAUUCGGUUCACAAAUCCUGCUGAUAAGAAACUACAACUUUAUUCAGCAGAACAAGGGGUAAUUCCUUUACUUGUCAAGUUACUCUCGAGUGGAUCACCUGUUACUAAAUGCAGGGCUGCAACGUCACUAGCUCAGUUUUCGCAGAAUUCAUCAUCUCUAAAGAAGUCGAUAAAACCAAGGUGGACAUGCGUUCCUCCUUCUCAAGAUGCUGUUUGUGAAGUUCAUGAUGGAAAAUGCUUUGUGAAAAGCACAUUUUGUCUGGUCAAGGCAGGUGCUAUCUCUCCUGUAAUCCAAAUAUUGGAAGGUAAGGAGAGGGAAGCUGAUGAAGCAGCACUGAGCGUCCUUGCAACCCUCUUGCACGACGACAUUUGGGAAAACGGAAGCAAGUACAUAGCCAAAAAGUCAGGAAUUCCGGCCAUCAUCAAAGUCCUCGAAUCCGGGAGCAUCAAGGCUCAAGAGAAAGCACUACGGAUAUUGGAGAAGGUAUUUGGAGUUGAGGAACACCGAGUAACAUACGGGGAAUCUGCUCAGGCAGUGCUGAUUGAUCUAGCCCAGCAGGGUGACUCCAGAUUGAAAUCAACCACUGCAAAAUUACUGGCGCAACUAGAGCUAUUGCAAGCUCAAUCUAGUUACUUUUAAGGCAAUAGUGCCAUGUUGAUGUAGCGAAGUUGUGCUUGUGAUUUCACUUACUGUCAUCAUACACCAAUUUUUCUCUAAGUAUCUACAGAUAAUCAGCAGCAACACAAAUUUGAUUGUUA